AUGGAGAAAUACAUUGAAUGGGGCCGAAGGUAUUCGCACAACCUAGCUAAUAAAUUUGCAUUCUACAUCUAUGACCAAUCAUACGUUAGCACGGCAUAUCUAUCCUAUGCCACGGUAAUUUUGAUAGCUGUCAUUUUAGUUUCUUUGGGGAGUUACAGUACUAUUGAGAGACCAAGAAACGCUAAAAUAGCCAACGAUAAACACCCCUUAUUUGAUCCAUCAGAUCGCGAUGAAACAUCAAUACCCGAAGCGGUGAUUGACGAGACUCAUGCCUUUGCCAUGCCAGUGCUGGCCGGUAUUGCUCUCAUAGGCUUGUAUUUUGCAAUACGAAAUUGGGAUAUCGAAAAAAUCACCAGAAUCUUAAACUGCUAUUUAAUCAUCUUGAGCGUCAAAGCGAACUCGUUCACGAUCUCCUAUCUGAUAAAAGUCACAGUACGCAAGAUUUGCCACCAAUUCGGUUUUGAUUCGCUACGAUUUGUCAAAAGAUAUGCCAUAACUAUAUCUCGGGAUGAUUUAUUUCACUCUGCAGGAGUGGAAGAAAACUUCCUACUUCCCGACUCCACAGAAGCCGAGGAAAUCAUCAAAAGUGAGAUGCUAUUGGAGUCACGUGUAGAUAUCAAGAAAGAAAAUCAACUGUUCAAUUUCUACUGUUCCACAGCGGACAUCUACGGAUGGUUCUUUGGAAUUGCUUUCUCCAUUGUGUUCGCUUUACUAGAUGGCAAAAACAACUGGAUAUUGAGCAACAUAUUUGGUGCUUCUUUCACGAUAUUUGGCCUUUCUGUGAGCAGAUUACCCAGCUUCAGGCCAGCAUUAAUCUUGCUGAUUCUCUUCUUCGUCUACGAUAUUUAUUUUGUCUUCGGAUCUGACGUCAUGGUUGAUGUUGCUACCAAAAUUGAUAUUCCUGUCAAAAUGCUUGUCCCUAGCAAGCUGUCCAGCGAGCAUAACGAGGUUCAGAUGUCAAUCUUGGGUCUGGGAGACAUGAUAGUGCCUGGCCUAUUCAUUUCGCUUUGUUUGAGGUAUGACCUAUAUAGAUAUCAUGAGCUGCAUCCCUGCACAGAGUUUCAUCACCUACAAAAAAUUGAUAAGCCAUACUUUUACAGUGCUCUGAUCGGUUAUACAAUAGGGCUGAUAUCCACCGUGACAGUAUUACAUGUUUUCAAUCGGGCACAGCCGGCACUACUAUAUCUGUGCCCAAGUAUUAUUUUAUCAACAAUAUCGACAGCCCUAUAUAGGGGUGAAUUGAAGGGUCUUUGGGAAUACAACGAGGAGGAGAGAACCACCGCGUUCGAACAGCCCAUUGAUUUUUUCUGUUCUCCAGAAACGCUUCUCCUGGCAGGGCCUUUAAUUUCUAGUGAUGAUGAAGAGGAGGACCACGAUUACAGUCCGGAAACAUUUUCAGACUCAGACUUUUAG